AUGGCAAGCCCAAAGAGCUUUUCUUGUUGCAUUUGCCGCCUUUUUCCAAGAACAUCGACUUCGGAAGCCUCACCACGAAAAACAACCAGUUUGGCCGCCUACGGCCUUAGCAGCCGGCAGCUGAAGCAACUACUCCCCUCAAAUUUUGCGGCUGUGCCUCCACCACCGCCUCUCAACAACGAUAUCUUUGUCGAGAUCCUCUCGAGGCUCCCCGCCAAAUCUCUACUCAGCCUCCAGUGCGUGUGCAAGUCAUGGCGCGCCUUGAUCUCCGAUUAUCAUUUUGUCAUGAAGCACCUCAUCCACGCAGCGGCCACGUGCAGCAUCAACAACAGCCUCACCCUCUUUCUCUCGUCUACUCGUCUCUAUUCCAUAGUCUCCGUAGGAUUGGACAAGGAUCAUGUUCAUGUUGCAAACAGAGAGCUUGAUUUGCCGGUGAAGAUCCCAGAUAUUUUGAUCACAAGAAUUGUGGGAUCUUGCAACGGUUUGAUUUGCCUGCAAGUCAACUGCACCAACAUUGUCAUAUGGAACCCGUGCACCGGACACUCCAAGCUCUUGCCGAAGCCUUAUUCUCUUCUUUCCGGCUUCUUGUUUUUCGGGUUCGGCUACGAUUCGACCACGGAUGACUACAAGGUCAUCCGAGGGUCGAGAACCGCGCUUUCCAAGGAGACUGUGGUUGAGGUUUUCUCUCUCAGAACAAAUUCAUGGUGGAGGAGGAGCAAUAAAGACCAUGGCUAUGUUUGCUUGAAUGGGAAGGGCUGCUUUUUUAAUGGAGCUCUGUAUUGGGUAGAGCUUCAAUGGGCAGGGGGCCCUCGUCCCAUUGGUUCUAGGAUUUUGUCUUUUGAUUUGGCGGAGGAGAAGUUUCAGGAGACGGUGUCGUUGCCCUACCUUGGCAAGGAAGAAAACUAUGUCUUUGCUGGGAUUGGGGUUAGUAGAAAUUCUCUGUUUGUAUACUCCGACCCGAUGGGCUCGGAUCUUAGAAUAUGGGUUAUGAAGGAAUAUCGGGUCAGAGAAUCUUGGGCUGAACCCAUAGAAAUUUAUUUGGGUCAGAUUUUACAAGAAGAGGUUGAUGAAUCGUUCUUGAGGCCUUUGUGUAUUUUAGAGAGUGGAGAAGUUUUGCUGGAUUAUAAUCGAAAUGUCUUGGUAUUGUAUAAUCCCAAAGGAAAGACGUUUCGAAGUAUUGCUAUUGGGACUCAGUCGGAUGUAGCCAUUUACAUGGAAACUUUGAUUUCUCCGGCAACCGGCAGGGGCUCUGACAUGUGA